GAGCAUGGAACCCGGGGAGCACCGGGAGCCCGGGCCCGGGGCAGAGACUGCGGCUCCGCGCUGGGAGGAAGACAAGACUUUCUAUGACAACCUUGCGCCCAAGAAGAAACCCAAAUCGCCCAAGCCUCAGAAUGCAGUCACCAUUGCUGUGUCCUCGCGAGCCUUGUUCCGAAUGGAUGAGGAGCAGCGGAUCUACACGGAGCAGGGUGUGGAGGAGUACGUGCGCUACCAGCUGGAACACGAGAAUGAGCCCUUCAGUCCUGGGCCCGCCUUCCCCUUUGUGAAGGCUCUGGAAGCUGUGAACAGGAGGUUACGGGAGCUGUAUCCCGAUAGUGAGGACCUUUUCGAUAUCGUCCUCAUGACCAACAACCACGCCCAAGUGGGAGUUCGUCUCAUCAACAGUAUCAACCACUAUGACCUGUUCAUCGAGAGGUUCUGCAUGACAGGUGGGAAUAGCCCCAUCUGCUACCUCAAGGCCUAUCACACCAAUCUGUACUUGUCAGCUGAUGCGGAAAAAGUGCGGGAAGCCAUUGAUGAAGGGAUUGCAGCCGCCACCAUCUUCAGCCCCAGCAGGGAUAUGGCUGUGUCCCAGAACCAGCUGCGCGUGGCCUUCGAUGGGGACGCUGUGCUCUUCUCUGACGAGUCGGAGCGCAUCGUCAAGGCCCACGGGCUGGACAGAUUCUUUGAGCAUGAGAAGACUCAUGAGAACAAACCUUUGGCUCAGGGCCCCCUAAAGGGCUUCCUGGAGGCACUGGGUAGACUACAAAAGAAGUUCUACUCCAAGGGUCUAAGGCUGGAGUGCCCAAUCCGCACCUACUUGGUGACAGCGCGCAGUGCAGCCAGUUCUGGUGCCAGGGCUCUCAAGACCCUGCGCAGCUGGGGCCUGGAGACGGAUGAGGCACUGUUUCUGGCUGGAGCACCCAAAGGUCCCCUUCUUGAGAAGAUCCGCCCACACAUCUUCUUUGAUGACCAGAUGUUCCACGUGGCUGGGGCUCAGAAGAUGGGCACAGUGGCUGCCCAUGUGCCUUACGGUGUGGCACAGACACCCCGGCGGACGGCAACACCAAAGCAGUCCCCAUCCACCCAAUAG